CAUUUGAGCAAAUAGCAUCACGAUGUAUAGACUAAUACUAGUCUUAAUAAGUGCAUCUAUUAUACCGGAAAUAUAUACCGCACGAAUAUUGGCAAUUUUCCCUACACCUUCUAUCAGUCAUCAAGUUGUGUUUAGGCCGCUAACACAAGAGUUAGUAAAACGCGGUCACCAUGUCACCAUCCUUACAACAGAUCCUGUAUUCACAAAUAAGAAUAGACCAAAAAACCUAACAGAAAUAGACGUCCACGAUUUAUCAUACGCAAUAUGGAGAGAGAAGUUUACGUUCAAGCAAGAAUUUGGGAAAAAGGAAACUGUGUACAGUCAGAUCCAAACGAUUCUGGACUUGAUAGUUCCGCUUACAGAAGUGCAGUACAAAUCGAAGGAGGUGCAAGAACUAAUUAAUGAUAAGAGCGUGAAAUUUGAUUUGCUAUUAAUAGAAGCUUGGACACGACAGGCGUUAAUAUACUCCCAUAUUUAUAAGGCACCUGUAAUACAAGUGAGUUCUUUUGGAGCGAUCUUCGACCAUGAUGAAACAGUGGGCUCGCCUGUCCACCCAUUCCUAUACCCAAUAUUGUGCCAACAGAAGAUCUAUAACCUAACUUUUUGGGAGAAAGUUGAAGAGCUUUACAAAUAUUGGUGGUUCAAAAGUUUGUGGUUUUCAAGGGAAGAUGAGGAGAUUAAAUUAUUACGUAAAUUUGUUGGAAAUGAUCUACCGAAUUACAGAGAGCUGAGAAAUAAUAUUGAUAUGGUGUUUCUGAAUACUCAUCCUAUGUUGUUAGAUAAUCAGCCGUUUCCACCUAAUGUUAUAUCCAUAUGGGGUAUUCACAAGAAGCCAGAAAAGGCGUUGCCACAAGAACUCAAAUCGUAUUUAGACUCAUCAAAAAACGGUGUUGUUUAUAUAAGUUUCGGUACAAAUGCCCCUUCAUCGACUUUACCAUCUGAAUUUAUUCAAUUGUUGAUACGAGUGUUUUCAAAGCUUCCCUACGAUGUAUUGUGGAAAUGGGAAAAGGAUGAAUUGCCCGGGAAAUCGGAGAAUAUACGGAUAUCAAAAUGGUUACCACAAUCAGAUUUAUUGAAACAUCCAAAAAUCAAACUCUUCAUAACACAAGGAGGGCUACAAUCUACAGACGAAGCUAUUACUGCUGGAGUGCCCGUUAUAGGAAUACCAAUGCUUGGGGACCAAUGGUACAAUGUAGAGAAAUAUGUGUAUCAUAAAAUUGGUCAGAGAUUGGACAUGGAAUCCAUAAAUGAACAGAAUUUGAAAGCGGCUAUUGAUACUGUUAUAGGCGAUAAGAGCUAUCGAGAGAAUAUGAUAAAACUGCGUACACUAUUAAAAGACCAGCCAGUUAGCGCACUGGAUCGCGCGGUGUGGUGGACGGAGUACGUGCUGCGGCACGGAGGGGCGAAGCACCUGCGGGCCGCCGCCGCCAACAUGCCCUGGACUCAGUACUAUGAGAUUGAAUUUGUAUUAAAACUACUAUCGCUAUUAGCUGCCAUAGUAGUUCCAGUUAUAGCAGUGAUAUAUUUUAUAAUAAUGAAAUUUAUGUCUAAAUCUAAGUUAAAAGUAUCGUAGUUUAUAUUCGAGUUAGGUAUUGUGUAGAUAAUUUAAGAAUAAAAUAAAUUAUUGUUA